AUGGCGUCUAGUCGAAAAAAGAUCCUUCUUAAAGUCAUAAUACUUGGAGAUAGCGGUGUUGGAAAAACUUCGCUAAUGAAUCAGUAUGUAACUCAGAGAUUUAGCAACCAGUAUAAAGCCACAAUUGGUGCGGAUUUUCUUACAAAGGAGACUAUGGUUGACGAUCGGGUUGUAACUCUGCAAAUUUGGGACACCGCUGGUCAAGAGCGGUUUCAGUCCCUUGGUGUUGCGUUUUAUCGCGGCGCCGACUGCUGCGUCCUCGUGUACGAUGUUACGAUGCCCAAUACUUUUAAAACGCUUGAUUCUUGGCGUGACGAGUUUCUAAUUCAGGCUAGCCCUCGAGAUCCCGAGAACUUCCCCUUUAUUCUUAUCGGUAAUAAAAUUGACUUGCCAAACAGAGCUAUAACUGACAGACGCGCAAGGCAAUGGUGUCAAGCAAAGGGGAAUAUCCCUUACUUCGAAUGCAGUGCCAAAGAAACGACCAAUGUGAAACAGGCCUUCCAGGAAGUUGCAAGAGUGGCCCUUGCGCAGGAAACUGAGGUACGUUUGCGCACCACCUAA